GGUAGAAGGAUUUGAUGUGUUUGUUAUUGAGUUUUACAAGUUUCCAAUUGGUUAUUUCCUUGCGCACCAAUUCAAUUAUUUAUCUGUGUAGCUUUAAAAAAUUAAUAAAUUUUAUUAACCUAUUACCUAAUUAAAUAAAAAAGGAAUGUGACGAGCAUCAUAAUAAACAAUACCAUACAUAUUAAAUUAAAACUUAUUUAGCAUGUCCCUGAGCGAGAAGUUGUACGUUUUUUGUUUGGUUUUUUCAUCGAAAUGAUUUUCUCUCACUCAAGUUUAGAGACUAAAGCUAAGGAAUGAGUAGCUGACAUGUAAAUUAUAUCAAUAAUGUAAAAUGGAGUUUUACUGACUAAAAAUAAAGAGUAAUAUGAAGCAAAAAAGAAGGUUAUUGUGUGGUAUUUUCUGUAUAACAAUUUUGAGUGAGUUAUUAUAUUUAAUACUCUUUUGGUAUGAUUUCAUUCUACUUGUUUUUGAUACCAAUUCAGAAUAAACAAAGAUAUAAGCAUCGGUAUUUCAUAAGCCUUAAAAUAUUCACAGACAUACAUAAAAAUUUGGAAAUUUGUUGAUUCUUGAUUGCAGGAGCUUAAAUCAAUAAGAUAUAAUGAAGACAUAAUAGUUAUUUGUACAAUAUUCUCUCUAAAUAAACUGAUUCAAGAUAAGGAAUAUGAAAUUGGAAGGAGGAAGUAUAUCUUCUGCAAGUAAUAAAAAAAAUAUUCACCUGGUGGUUACGUCGUCCGAUAAAAAAGAUACUAUUUUAUAAUUUAUCCCUGAAAUCCAAUUUAGUUGAUCUAAUGACGCUAAAAUUCAUGGAUUCCAUCCCUAAAGUGAUUAUCUGGAAGACUGUCUAAAUGCGUUUCAAAGGUUACUAAUACCUCUUCGUUCGAGAAAAACUUUUUUCCACAAAUUAAUUUUUUAAUAUAUGACAACAGCAAGAAGUCGGAGAGAACCCAGUCUGAUGGAAUUUGUGAAUGUUGCGAAAGUUAGUAUUUUAUUCCACUGAUUUUCGCGAUGGUUUUUGGAACUUUGCGAGAGGGUACAUUGUUUUGAAAGAACAAAAAUUCACACUUAAAACAAUCGUAAAAUUGAAAUGCUACAAAGCUACAUGAAAAGGGUAUUCAGUUAAUUAAUAAUUAUAAUACAAUAAAACUGAAGUUAAUGGCAACGAUCAAGUUAAAUCUAGCAAAUUACAUUUAAUAAUUUGUAGAUAAAUGUCGCAAACCACAAAGAAGAAAAACCGCAUACCUCAGCAACCUGUCGAUUAUACUAUUAACAGGUAUUAAUCAUACAUAACCGAAUACAAACAAAACAUAUGAACAAAAAAAAUUUAGAUUAAGAUUGAGUUGAAUUGAUAAUAAUUUUCAAAAAGCUCUAUAGAAUUUAUUAUUGGAAAGCUAUGUGGACAAAGUGAAGCAGAAGUCUUAGCAAUUUUAAGUUGAUAUAAUGAAAUAGUAUUGGAUUUGAAAUAUCAGAAGAAUUGUCUGGGAGCAACAUUCUUUCAGAUGGACUCCCGCUGUUUAUGUGUUACACUUGAUGAACACUUUCUAUUUUAUUUUAAUUCAACUACGACAAAUUUAGAAUUAUUCUUUGCAAUUAAUUUUAUGACUAAAUAUCAAAACAACUAUCAUUUGUUAAUGGAAAUUGCAAUCAAACAAAAUAUAUUAGCAAAUGAUAAAUAUUCGUUUACUACAUAAUUAAUGGUAGAAAAAAACCAAUUAAAAAAUAGAAAACAUAUUUAUGAAAUUAAGAAAAAUAGUAGUUAUUUAUGUAAUGAAAUUUAAUACUCAUGAUUCCGUUGGUGUAUCGACAUACUGUGUUGUUAUCAGUAUCACACCGACCGGAAAUUCUUUAAAAAAUACGCAUCUUUUACAAAAACAUCUAGAUUUACCUAAAACUUUUUUUGUUCGCUCACUUCCACUAGAUACUUCUGCCAAAUUGACCAGAAUCGAUUUAUAACAAAACUUUCAAGUUUCUGUAUGUCUAAAUAAAAUUAUUUAUGGAAUUUUAAAAUAAAUGAUAACAAUUUUUUAAAUUUCCCUUAAAUUUUGAACACAGGUAUCUUGUAUCUACCCCUCUACCAAAAGAAUUUAAUUUUAUCGAAUUCCUUCUUGGCUUCAACAAACAUCCGCUAGAGGUUUCAAAGUGUCGAAAUUGGGCGAUUUCGUAUUUGUUUGGUUCAUUUUCAAACCCUUUUAGUUUAAAUCACAGUAUAAAUUGAUAAAUAUUUACAAACUAGUUAAAAAACAACAUGUUCAAAAUAACACUGGAGAAGAAGCUGUUUGUGAACGUAUUAUUUCAAAAACACUUAAACCAGGUUAUGUAGCACGUAUGUUGACACCACUACAAUAUAAAAUAAAAUUCAUUUAAUAAGUGUUUUAACCUACUUUGGAUAUUAUUAUUGGUGUUUUGAGAAUAACGUUAGUGAAGAAGUAAAAUGUUUAGCAAGAAAAAGAAAAAACCUCAAAUUUCCCAACCGACGAACUUUGAGCAUAGGGUACAUACAGGGUUUGAUAAACGUGAAGGAAAGUACGUAGGACUUCCGUUGCAAUGGGCUUCUAUUGUAGGAAAUAAUCAAAUAUUGAAAUCAACUAAUAGGCCUUUACCUUUGGUUGAUCCUUCUGAAAUAACUCCAACUGAAAUACUGGACUUGAAAACUAUUGUUAGGGGAGACCAUAAAAAUGAAAAUAAACACGGAGUUUCUCAAAAUAAACCGAAUAAUGGUAUUGUUCUCCCUAAAAUGUCAAAUGUGGCCAGAUCAAACUCGCUUAGAUCUUCAAGUCCACCUAAGUUAAGAAGAGAUCAUAGAAAUAAUACUAAUGUGCCCCCUUCAGUGCCCGAAGAACAAGUUAUGCAAUACACUUCAAUGAGAAGGGAUCCAAGCAUAAGUAAACCUCAGGUACGAGAUAAUUCUCCAGCUGAACGUUCCCUAAGUAAUCAAGAAAUUCCUAAUCCUUUCGUAAACGGUAACAUACCAGAUCAAUAUAUAGGUUACCAUCCUCGAGAUCAUCCUCAAAUUUCACCAGCAGGCUCUAUGAUGUCUUCGGGACCUUCUCCCAUGAUACCUUUAUCUCACAAAGCAGGUCAUACACAACCAACUCAUACUGGAUCACAUCAGAGUCUUCAACAUGCAGGAUACCACCCCGCUCCACAGAGGCAUGAUCAAAAUCAAAAUUUAAAAAAUGGAUUGCAAUCAACUCAGGCUGUACAUACUCCACCUAGUGCCACUGGUCAAGUUUCAUCCAAUAAACAUCAUGAACAAAGGCUUACCCAUGAACAGUUCAGAGCAGCUCUUCAAAUGGUUGUAUCCUCAAAGGAUCCUCGUGAAAAUCUGGAACGGUUUAUUAAAAUAGGUGAAGGUUCAACGGGUACUGUAUGUAUAGCUCAUGAUCGCACUACAGGCCGACAAGUUGCCGUAAAAAAAAUGGAUUUAAGAAAACAACAAAGGAGAGAACUCUUAUUUAAUGAAGUGGUCAUUAUGAGAGAUUAUCAUCAUCCUAAUAUAGUAGAAAUGUUUGACAGUUAUUUGGUGAAUGAUGAACUUUGGGUUGUAAUGGAAUUUUUAGAAGGUGGAGCCCUAACGGAUAUUGUGACACAUUCCAGAAUGGACGAAGAACAAAUUGCAACUGUCUGUAAACAAUGUUUGAAAGCUUUGUCUUACCUUCAUUCCCAAGGAGUUAUUCAUAGAGAUAUUAAGUCAGAUUCAAUAUUAUUAGCACUCGAUGGAAGAGUAAAAUUGUCCGACUUUGGAUUCUGUGCUCAAGUUUCUCAAGAGCUUCCAAAACGAAAAUCUUUAGUUGGAACUCCUUAUUGGAUGUCACCUGAAGUUAUAUCAAGAUUGCCGUAUGGACCUGAAGUUGAUAUUUGGUCAUUAGGUAUUAUGGUUAUAGAAAUGGUUGAUGGAGAACCGCCAUUAUUCAACGAACCUCCUUUGCAGGCUAUGAGGAGGAUUCGGGAAAUGCCACCUCCAAAACUAAAAAAUGCUCAUAAGGUAUCCCCACGGUUGCAAUCAUUCUUGGACAGGAUGCUAGUAAGAGAUCCUGCUCAACGUGCAACUGCUCAAGAACUUCUAGCGCAUCCAUUUCUAAGGCUAGCUGGUCCACCAGCUUUAUUGGUACCAUUGAUGCGAGGCGUCAAAAAUACGAAUUAUUCUUAAGGGCUCUGCCCUGGCCAGCCCCCCUCUAGCUACGGCCCUGCUUGGGAGGUUUGUAAUUGUAAAAAAUUUUUAAAAACUGGAGGGAAUGGUAUUUCAAGAAAUAAUACGAAAAUGUGAUUUGUCAGACCAAGGAUUUAUUGACCAAUGGUAUUAAUUUUAAAUCUGCUUUUUUCCAUCUUUUUUACUUUUGUUUUAUAACAAUAAAUUUCUCUUGAUCUUAUUGACCAUUUUAUUUUUCUGGGUACCAGUAUCUAUUUAUAAGUACUUAUUAUCCCCAUAUAUUUAUAAUUCUAAGUAUUUUUAUUAAAAAACACUUUAUCUUUCACCCCUUUUCAUACAUUGACUUCAGUAUAACCACUUUCCAGACCGAUAUGAUACGAAAUAUAGUUCAAAUGUAGUAUUAAUGUAUGUGCAAAUCUUUUUUAUUACUUUAUAUUAAUUUUGUAGUAAGCUUAAUAAGAGAAAAAUUUUAUUCUGGCUUUUGUUGAUUUCGCGACUACCAGUAUUUGUUGUAGCCGUCCAAAAAUGUGCCUUUAGAAUUCAUAUAUAUAUACGUGAUUGUAUUAUUAAUUUACUCUCUAUUAACAUAAUGUCAAUAUAUGAAAAAUAUAUAAAAACUUAUCAAAAUAAUUAUUUAUUUGUACAGUUUAAAUUGCCUUAGUUAUAUAUCAGCAUUUCUAUAUAAAAAAAGACUGAAAGUCUAGUGAUAUAAUAAAAAAUUUUUGAAUGGCCUACCCCCGCAGAAUUUUAUAAUUUGUUGUCUGUUUUAUAUUUCUUAAGAUUCUUACAACCAGGUACUGGAUAUUUUAAUCUUUGAUUGCUACCCACACACUGGUUCAUAUUUUUGAUUACCAAAUUCAAAGAAGUUAGUUAUUAGAAAAAUUUUAUAAAACGACGCUCAUUCAAGCAAAAGUGAGGUUUUAAAGAUAUUUUUUUUUCUUUUUUGUAAUCAUCACACGACAUAAAAGGACCAGGACACCUAAUUAACAGAUAAUAAUGAUUUAUAUAAAUCUGAAUAUGAGGUAUUUCUUCCAAAAAUUGUUUCUUAACUGACCAAGAAAAAGUUAUUGUGAAUAUUAGUGAAAAAAGUAGACAUCUAAAAUAAGUUACACUAAUUGAGUAUAAUACAUUUAGUGCUGAUGAUUUGAUUACAAUCAUCAAUUUUUUGAAUUUUAUGAACGAUUUUUAAAUUUGGAAAGAAAAGUCAAACUAUUUUCUGUUUUUGUUAUUUAUAAAACGAUCGCCAGAAAAUGUUCCUUUGUACUCCAGGGUAUGGUAUAACUUGUCUCGUAUUCUUUUUAGUUCAUUCCAAAUUAAGCAUAUCUCCUGGAUAUAACGGUAUUUCCUCAGGCCAUUAGGGGCUCUUUGGAUUGUGUGUAUUUUCAUUAGGCAUCUGUUUAAGUAGAGUUUUUAAAGGGACUAAUUGGUUGAUGAUAUUUAACUAAAUGUCAUAAAUUCACAAACAGAUAUGGGAAGAAGAAACUUAUUAAUCAUAAAAUUAUUUAUUCUUAAAAUAGAAUGUGGAAUAUAAUUGCUGAAUAUGAGUAAAGAAAGAGUACAGUAAAAAAUGCCAGAUAUCACAAAGAAGUACCUAAUAAAAGAAUAUGAUAUAAAUAUUUAACAUAUGUAAUCAGUAUCAUUCAAAUAUAAAAACUAUAAUAAAAUAUAGCCAAAUAUCUUCUUCUUCUUUUAAUGCAUAUCCUUUAAUGGAUGUUAGCGACCACAUUUUUCAUGACUUCUCUAUCUCUAGCGGUAUGGAUCAAUGUCUGAAUAUCUUGUAUCUUCAGGAUUCUACGAUAUACCCACAUUUCAAAUGCCUCUAAUAUUGUUGAUGUUUUUUACCUUAAGGGUCCAACCCUCCAUCCCGUAAAGAAGCACUGACCAAACGUAGCACCGCACAAGUCUCAGUCUAAGAUCAAGAUCAAAGUCGGUACAUGUAAAUACAUUUUUAAAUUUGAUGAAUGUACUUCGAGCUUGCUCAAUUCCGCAUUUUAUUUCACCGUUCGACGACCAUUCUUCAUAGAGCCAUGUUCCUAGAUAUUUAAAUUUUUCUACCCGUUCUAUAAGUUUUCCAUUAUAUGUUACUCUAGAUUUUCUAAACGUAUUCGCUUCCCUAGUGAUAAUCAUGAAUUUAGUUUUUUUUGAUGUUGAUGUUUAAUCCCAUGUUUUGGCUAUAUCCGCCUACUAUAUUAAUUAGUUGUUGUAGGUCAUCUAUAUUAUCUGUAAUCAGCACUGUGUCAUUGGCAUAACGUAUGUUGUUGACCCAGACUCCAUUGACUUUGAUCCCAAUGUCUCUAUCUUCAAGUGGCUUUUGAAAGAUGGCUUCAGAGUAUAUAUUAAACAGGAGCGGCGACAAUAUACAAUCUUGACGUACUCCUCUGCGAAUCCGAACUUGCUCAGUUAGACCAUGAUUUACUUUGACUUGCGCUUUUUGGUGCCAAUACAGAUUUUCGAUACAACGAAUGUCUUUUUCGUCCAAAUCCAAUUUUUUGAGGAGCUGCAUAAGUUUGUGAUGUUGAACUUUAUCGAAAGCUUUUUCGUAGUCUAUGAAGCAUAGACAAACAUUUUUUCUUUGGUCAUAGCAGUUCUGUACAAGGACCUGUCUUGCGACUAUUGCCUCUCUUGUAACUAACCCCUGUAUAAAUCCAAAUUGCGAGUCGCUUAUAUUAUUAUCACAUUUUCUAUAUAAUCUCUGAUGUAUUAUUCUUAGGAAUAUUUUUAGGGAGUGGCUCAUAAGGCUAAUUAGCCUAUGAUCUACACACUUUCUCGCGUUCGUUUUUUUUGGGAUAGUAAUAAUAACUGAAGAUAGCCACUAUUCAGGGUAAUGACCAGUAUCAUAUAUCUUGUUGAACAGCUUGUGAAGCACUCUAAGGCCCCUUUCGUCCAGUAGUUUCAGUAUUUCUGAUAGUAUUUCAUCUGGAUCAGCUGCUUUAUUGUUUUUAGCGACUAGUACAGCCUUUUCUACCUCUUCUUUGGUAAUAGAAGGUCCAGUUAGACGUUCUUCUGCAUCGAGCUCUCUGGUUGUCCUGGUUGGUUAUUAUACCUAGAUUUCGUUUUUUAAAUAUACCAGCAGCUUCCUUUAAUUUUUUAUGGAGGUUGAAAUAAUCGUGUCUUCGUUGCAGUUGUUCUAUUUCGUUGCACUCGUUUUUAAGCCAUUCAUUUUUUGCAACUCUAAUUUUUGAUCUUAUGAGUCUCUGUAAGUCUCUGUACUUAUUUAUAUCCUUUUUUAGUUUUCUACGCUCAUCCUUUAAGAGCAAAAUUUCAUCGGUCAUCCAUUUUUGUUUUUUAUUUCUAGAUUUGAAUCCUAGAACACUUUGUGAGGUAUUUCUUAAAACACUUGCUAUUUCUACGCAUGAUUUUGACGGGUCGUCCUCUUCGACCGUGGAAUCUAACUUCUGUAUCUGAGAAUUUAAUCGGUUGGUUAAUACGGAUUUAAUGGUUGGACUAUGCAGUUUUUCUAGUGCUAUUGUACGUCUUGGUGUUUCCUUUUUAGCCUUUGAAAAGGAUAUUUUUAUGACGGCCGAUAGUAGUACAUGGCCUGUGGGUAUAUCAGUUCCAGGAUAUGUGCAUGCCGUUUUUACUGAAGAAGCAAAUCUGGAGUUUAUAAGGAUGUAAUCUUUCCCUGGUUGGUCUCUUGGUGAUUUCCAGGUAUAUAGGCGGCGAGAGUGUUGUUGGAACUAUGUGUUGGUUACUGUCAUAUGUUCUUGACAGAACUGCAGGAAACGAUCCUUUCAGCCAAAUAUCACAAAGAA